AUGGGCUUCGACAUGGGAUCCGAGCCGCUCAGGGCCAUGCCGCCGGACAUUGUGCCCAGGAGCGUGGGGCAUCUUCACCUGGAACUCGAGAUGGGAAGCACCAAGAAGAUAGCACCAUAUGGCACCUGGUCGAGCGACAUUACAAAGGAGGCCGUAUUCAGCAGCAGCCGAACUCAGAUUUCGCCAAGAGUAGACCGACGUACUGGGCGGGCGUUUUUUUGUGAACAGCGCUCCGACGGUGACAACCAUCUGGUGGAGAUUAGAAAUGGCGAAUGCGUCGACGUUCUGCCACAAGGCUUCAGCGUGAGGAGCAGGGUUUACGAGUACGGUGGUGGUCCCUAUGCCAUUCUUGCAAACAAUCGCAUCAUUUUCAGCAAUUUCAAGGACAAGUCGGUCUACAUCCUAGAUGUGGAUAGCGGCAGCGUCAGGAGGCUACUGGAGUGCGACACACUGCGAUAUGGAGAUUUCGAAGCCCACCCUGGAAAUGAACCCUGGGUGCUUGCUGUGCAAGAGGACCACGAAAUCGAUGAGCCGGAGCAGGUCAAGAACUACGUCGUCGCCAUCAACACAGAAACCGCCGAAGUGACGCGAGUCGUCGAGGGUGCAGAUUUCUACAUGUUUCCCAGCUUCAGUCCCGAUGGCACAAAAAUCGCUUGGGAGCAAUGGGACUUUCCUGGAAUGCCGUGGGCUGGCGUUACCCUGCACUGGGCGGACUGGUCGGAAGGCCAAAUCGUGUCAGGCACUGUCGAGCAUAUUGCUGGGACCGAAUCAAGCACCGUAACCGAGCCGCGGUGGAGCCCUGACGGCAACCUGUAUUUUGCAGAGGAGCGGACAAACUAUUACCAAUUGUUUCGGCAAAAACCCGGCGACAGCGAGGCAACGGCAAUGGCACUACCUGGGUUGGAGAAUGUUGAGUUUGGCAGUGCCAAGAUGACUUGCGGAAGCCACACAUAUACUCUACUUUCCGAGACGACUCUCAUAGCCUCCGUAAAGGAUGAGGGCUGGGACAGGCUUGUUUCCAUUGAUCUGAUAAAUCUGACAUAUAUGCAGCUGGAUCUACCAUUUGCCAGUGUCUUGUUCGAUGGCGUGGAACGACUCUCGGACGACUCUUUUCUCCUGAUAGCCAACAGUCCUGUGACACCAGAUGUCGUAUGCGAAGUAAAAUUGACGGGCGGAGAUGCCCAAUACAAGGUCAUACGCACAUCGACAAAUGUCGAGUUUCCGCCGUCCCUCUUCUCGAAACCAGAAGCCAUCAAAUUUCCCGCAAAGAACGGCCCUGAACGUGAUGUCUGUGGCUUCUUUUGGCCACCACAUAACCCCAAUUUCCAGGCGCCCCGAGGCGAGAAGCCACCCUUGAUCAUUCAGUCACACGGAGGGCCUACUGGACUCACACCACCAGCAUUGAUGCUAUCACUACAAUAUUGGAACGCUCGGGGAUAUGCGACUUUUGCAAUCAACUAUACCGGCUCCACUGGGUACGGCAAAAAGUACCGCCAGCUUCUCAAUGGUAGAUGGGGCGUUGUCGAUGUCGAUGAUGUCGCUGAAUGCGUCGAAUAUCUUGUCGAGACCGGCCGCGUUGACGGAUCGCGGGUGGGCAUUCGUGGAGGAAGCGCCGGCGGGUACAGUGUGCUUCAAGCACUGUGCAAUUACCCAAACAUAUUUGCCGGUGGUGUGUGCUUAUUUGGCAUCAGUGAGGUCAAGCUUCUUCUCGAAUCCACUCACAAGAUGGAAGCGCGCUAUGUCGACAUGUUGAUGUUCACCGAGGGCAUGACCGAAGAGGACAAGGAAAAAGUCAUGAAGGACCGAUCGCCAGUAUAUCACGCCGGCAACAUCACAGCGCCCUUGCUCAUUCUACACGGCACGGAUGACAAGGUCGUACCAAUCUCGCAGGCGUACACCAUGUAUGACGAUAUGAUUUCGCGCGGGCGCGAAGUCAAAUUGGUCAAGUUCCCUGGUGAAGGUCAUGGUUUUAGGAGUGGUGCAAACAGAUUAUUAUCUCACGAGGAGGAAGAGUCGUGGUGGAGAAAGACACUGGUCAAAUCGUAA